GUUUUUCAAAAUUAGUCAGCUAGUGACACUGAUAGUAAAAAUUUGAAAUCGGUAGUGGAUUUAUGGAAUUUAUUUUUGACGAGGAAUUAAGAAAGUAAAUGUAAUAUCAGUAAUACAUAAAUUUUCUUCCGAGCACGUGUUGAAAGCUUACUCCACAAGUUUUUGUUUAGUAUUGACAAUGACAUACAGAGCCAUUUUGGAUUUAGUAAUUUAAAUCAGUAAUUACUAAUACUAAAAGUACGCCAAAAAUUAGUAUUAGUACUAAUCGCAAAACUUUACUGCGCGCUAAAACUUUAUUUUUUCAGAAGUCUCACUCAAACACAUUCUUAAAAAUCAGGUGUCCAUGCUUAGUAUAAUGUCAGUAUGGUGGCCUCUGGGGAACCUUGGGUUACCAUGUUGUCUAACACGGAGGAAAUCAGCCCAAGAUGGAAAUGUAGCUGGCAAAAGCUCCUGUACUGUGUGGUAAUGGAAUCAUACCCAUAAACGAAAAGUAUGUGAAACCUAUCUGAUACAGCUGGAUCUAAUCAAAAAAAGGAAAUUGAUUUAUUGGAGAUAGUCCUGAGUAAGGUCACUAGGGUGAUACCUGGGAAGAAAGGAUUUUCUUAUGGAAAUAGGAUAAGAUCUCUCAACUUAUUUUCUCCUGAAAAAUCAAAGGCAGGGUGUAAAGUUCCAAUAGACACGUAGAAAAAGGCCAUACAGUAAUGUAACCAUGGAAGUAGUGAAGAUGAAACUUGAACCUUUGUCUGAUGAGGAACAAAAUGCUUUGUUGCAAGUCAAGUUGCUGAUAAGUGAAAAAGAAACUGUUAAAAUUUCACUUAGUAAAGAAGUUGAAUCCUUAAAAGAUGAAUCUUCACCUUCAUUUAUCGAGCUUGGAAUAGGUAAAGGGAAAAGAGAAGAAAAAAAUUAUGAAGUAACUGAAAAUACUGAGCACUCAUUUAUCAAAAUAAAACCUGAGCAUGACUUACAUCAAGAUGAAAUUAUUUCUCAACUAAGUGAGAGGGAAAAUGAUGAUGUAGAUAGUCCAAAGCAUGAUAUUACUUGUGUAAGAAACAAAUUUGAAGAACCUAAAGAAGAAUUGCAGCAAAUUUACUCUGGGUUAGUAUCAGGUCCAAAUAUGUACAUGACCAAUCACAGUGAAAGUCAACUUCCAGCUUAUCAUAUCUUCACACUAGAAUCUCCUAGUAUAGACAUGAAGAAGAGCAAACAUCGAAAACCAACCAUUGAUGAUGUGUUUCACAAAACAUUUUCAAAAGUGAAUAAAACAAAACAACAUGAGAUUCUCCACUAUGGAGAUAAGCCAUACAGUUGUGUUCUUUGUGGCAAAAGAUUUGGAAGAAAAAAUGUUCUAAUGAAACAUUGGAAAAUACAUAAUAGGAAUAGACCAUGUUGUUAUGAUGAUGAAUAUGGCAAGAAAGGUUCACAGAAUUUACAAAUAAAAAAUCCUCAACAUUUCCACAGGACAAAUAAAUUGUAUAUUUGUGAAGUGUGUGGUAAAAAAUUUGGAAGAACAAGUAUUUUAAAAAAACAUCAGAGGAUACAUAGUGGGGAGAAACCAUACAGUUGUGAUGUAUGUGGCAAGAAAUUUUCUCACAAGUCAUAUUUGAAAAUGCAUCAGUAUAUCCACAGUACUACUAAACCAUAUAUUUGUCAAGUGUGUGGCAAAGAAUUUGCAAGGACAGAAUAUCUAAAAAAACAUCAGUUGACUCAUACAGGAGAAAAACUAUACAGUUGUAAUAUUUGUGGCAAAAAAUUUUCACGAAUUUCAUCCCUAAAGAGACAUUAUAUUACCCACAGUGGAGAGGGACUGUACAGCUGUGAUGCCUGUGACAGGGUAUUUUCAUGCAGUACAUCUUUAAAAAGACAUCAGAUUGUUCACAAUGAAGAGAAACCAUACUGUUGUGAUGUAUGUGGGAAGGAAUUUUCACAAAAUUCAAACUUAAAAAGACAUCAAAUUAUCCACAGUGAAGAUAAACCAUAUUGUUGUAGUAUCUGUGAAAGGGAAUUUUCAUGCAGUUCUUCACUCAAAAGACACCAAGUUGUCCACAGUGGAGAUAAACCAUACAUUUGUGAUGUCUGUGGCAAGGAAUUUUCACAGAAGGCAUAUUUGAAAAGACACCAAAAUACUCAUAGUGGUGAUAAACCUUUUAGUUGUGUUGCUUGUGGCAAAGAGUUUGGAAGCAAUAGUGGCCUAAAACAACAUUUGAUGACACAUACUGGGGAGAAACCAUACGAUUGUGUUGUGUGUUGUAAGGAAUUUAGAACAAAUACUCAGCUAAAAAUACACCGGAGGAUACACACUGGAGAGACACCAUAUAACUGUGAGGAGUGUGGCAAAACGUUUUCAACUGAAGGACGACUAAAGGAACAUCAGUGGAUCCACACAGGGGAGAAGCUAUAUAGCUGUAGUAUCUGUGACAGGAAAUUUUCACAGAAAUCAUCUCUGAAAAGACAUAAGAUCAUCCAUAGUAUGGAUAAACUUAAUAGUGGUGUGUUUACAAACAGUAAUGUAAUAAAAAAUUAACUAAAAUAGCAUUUGGAUAAUAACUGUACAGUUACGAUGUAUGAAAAACGUUUUAGGUAGUUCCAACUUCUGCAUUAGGAAUAAACUGUAUAGUUCUGUAAUGUGUGAAAGUUACAUCUACUAUAUCAGCAAUUGUAGACCAUACAGUUGUGGUAUGGAGUUUUCAGGUCGUGUAAGUUCAAAAUUUCAUUAGAUUGUGUAUUGUGAUAAACCAUGCAUUUAUGUAAUUUGUGACAUAGAAUUUAUACAUAAAAUAUAUUUAAAAUAAUACCAGAAGGAAAACCAUAGUUUGUGGCUUUUGUUACAAUAAAUAUGCAAGUAGACCAUAUUUAAAACUUCACUGCUUUAUGCCAGAAAAUCUAAAAAGUGUCAUAUAGUUAUAGCAUCUUUUUUGAAAAAUUUGCAAAGGAAUUAUUUAAAGUUACUUUCUGAACCCCACAAUGAAGAUAAAUCAUACACUUAGUAUCUAUGAAACAUGUUCAGAAUUCAAAUUUUAAACAGUGUUAAAUAAAGUAUAGUAGAAAUAAAUCACAGUUGUGUAUUGUUAUACUGUGUGCCUUUGUCAGGUAAGUGGUAAGAAAUCUUUAAAAGUACAUACUUUACUGACAAUCUGUGAAAAGGAAUUAAAAUGCAUUUCCUCUCUAAAAAUAAAUCAUAUUACCAAAAAAUGAAAAUAAGCCAAUAUGUGCCAAAGAAUUUGGAAUAAUAAUCACAAAGAACAACAAAAGACAAAGACAUGCAAAAACCCAUACAGGUGUAGGUUUAUAGGAAAAUUGUACAAGGAGUAUGUUUUAAAAAUAUAUUAAUCUGAUACAGUACAUUACCUCCACUUACAUAAAUAGCUAUGCUCAUUCAGCGUUACCUUCUAUAUGCACAAAAAUGUUUUAUGCAUGCCACAAGCCUUUUUUCCUCCCCUCCAUUGGAAUUGACUGAUUCCAAUGCAUCUCUCAUGCAAAUCAUCAUGCGACAAUCUACCACCAAUAAGAGUGUGGCACACUCUCAUUAUGCAUGUGACUACCUCAAUUCAAUUCUUCUUAACUAUCACUUCUCAUUUGGCAGUGCUUGUGUUUAGAUGUUUUUGCUUUUUGUGUGCUUUGCAUUCGUAAAUUUAAUAGUUCUAUUUCCGAAGUGGAUUUUUCUAAAGUAAUUUAUGGUUAUAUUGCUGAUGCCUUUUACUUGAACUUCAUUUUCCAGUCUUUAUUCAUUUUUUUUCUUGCAUAUUUGCUUUUGUCUAUCAAACAAUCCUGUUUCAUAAUUUCAAAUGAAUUCUGAGG